ACUCUCCUCUGACAAGUCCUGCGAAGGCUCCACAGUCUUGGAUUCAUUUCCAAAUAGGCUUUCUCCAACGACCCCAUGGCGGAGUUUAAGCACAGAUAGAACAAUGAGACCGAUAUUUGGUUGGCGUUUCCACUUACUACCAAAUAUGGUGGUGAGAGGAAGCACAGUGGUUAGCAGUGGGGCAAGAUAGAUUUUGGCCGACAUUCGGCUAAUUUUGUAAUCGAUUAAUCAUUUGGUCUCAGUACAGUUUUCUGCUUCCAAAACUAGAAUAUGUUACCAACAGAGUGGACUACGUUUUUUAGACUUUACCCUUUGCCAAUUUUUUUAAAGAUUGCGUUGUUUGGAUGGACUGCAAGGGCAAAUUGAGUUAUUGCACAUGCGUACUUCACAGGGUAGGCGUUUCCCAACGGAAAUAUGCAAAUAUAUGCUAGAACGCACCAAUAGGCUCUCGCUAGCUCAUGCUUGGCUCUGCCCACCUUGCUUAUUCUGCCCACUCUGAAUGAAUUUUCUCCCAUUGAAAAUGACAGGCUGUGGUCUAUCUUGGGUUAGUUAUAAAAAUCUUUGGUUUAAGUGCCUUCAAAAAUAUGCCAUUAUUAUUUAUCUCUAUAGGCGCUAAAGCGGCUAGAUCGUACACUUCCGGAAACACCAGGAUGUUCUUCUGUCCAGGAAAAGCGUGAAAAUAUCUACAACCUGUGCGAACAACGCAACGUGUAGCUAUUUAGGAUUUUAUAGGCGUUCCAGUUAAUCAGCGAGAUGAUUUGGAGUGUAUGGUAGCUGUUUACAUUGCCCUUAUCAUCGCUCUUUGGUCACGUUUGUGUAUGUUGCACUAACUCGCUGUAUUAUUGAAGCUUGUUGGCUGCGUCACCAUCGCUGCCUGGAUUGGACACAGGAGGCCCUGGAGAAGGGGUGGCCUGAGGUCAAGCCCUAAAGCACCAGAGCCUGGUCAUGAUGGACCAUAAGAGAGCACUCACCAUUUCACUGGCCGUUGACAAGGUGGAUAACUCUCAAAUGGAAAGUCCACUAAAGAUUCCCAAGAUCCUUCUUUCUUCAGAGUUGAGAUGUGGGAAUGAAGAGUCACAGAUUCACUGGACCCAGAUUGCUGGAAACGGAAUCAAACUCCAAAGGUCUUGUCAGCAGAAUGGAUCCAUCUCUUUGGAUCAUGGCCAAGCGGCUUUAGUCCAAGCAGCAAUGAACUGCACGCAGCUCCAGUUGGUCCUCACGGACGUCCUGAAGACGGAACAGGGGCAGGCCUACCUAGACAGGAAGAUGCGUGGCAAGAUGACAGGAACUGGAGAGAAGAAGAGAGAGUCACCGAUGGGGAGCGGGCAAAGGAGGGUGUCUCAGAGUAGCAGAGAGGGGAGGGAGGAUUGUAGAGAUUUUAUAGCACACAGAAAGAGACCUCAUGACCACCCCACUCCCACCUCGACCCCGACCCAAGAGGAGAGGAGGUCACACCACAGAGGGGGGUCAGAGGAAGACGAGGUGAAGGAACUUUUAAUAGGAGAGGAAAACAUCAAAGACGAGAGAUGCAACAGUAGUGUGUCAGGGAGGCACAGUUCACGGGAACCCCUGGAGGAGGUGACCUUUACUGAGGGGAACAUGCACCAGGAAAAGCCUUACCCACAAUCCACCAGGACUAGGAAUGCAGAUUCAGGUUCAAGCGAAUCCACACAUGUUGAGAGGGAGAGUUGGAGGAGGGAGUCUGGGCUCUACAGGAAUGGACAGGUGAAGGAUGGAGGGAUGAAUGAUGGAGUGGCAGAGGGCUUGACCACAGACGCCUCCAGGAGCUCCAGAGGGAGCGUGCUGCGCCUCUCCAGGGAGGCCAGAGGCGGGGAAGGACUGCCCCCCAAACAGCUGUGUCUGGGGGGGACAGGGGGCAUAGACACUAAUGUAGCAUCCAUAGAAGUAGAGGUGGACCUCUCAAACUUUGACGGGACCCCAAUGGUAGUCACUGUGGGGGAAGACAGGGAAGUUGCCAGCUCCUCUAACCCCAGCUGUGGAGGGGUUAAGGAGAGGAGAGGAACCCUGUCCUCCAGCCAGGAUAGGACGCCCAAACUCAGUCCUGUUGAACCCAUCGUUCUCUCCAGUGAUGAGGAGGUAGUCACCCCGUCCCACAGUUCAGUCCUUUGGCCACAGACUAGUGAGUGUGAGUCCCAGAGAAACCAUGCUCAGGAAGACAACGUGGUGGAAGAGACGGACUUUCAGGUGAUGCCUGUGGUGGUGACAGGGUUUGGGGUGGCCAGUUUCCCCAGCACUGAGGACUCUGAGGGUAUUGUCCUACCCUUCUCUGCCCUGCACUGUGGGGGGGUCAGAGGGGAGUCCAGUGGAAACCUCAUGAUCACAAACCACAGAAUCAUCAUACCAAUUAAAGGCCAGAUAGAUGUGAUGGUGACUGUGGAGCGCUGUCAGCUGUGGAAGUACAGCAUCUGGGACAGGGAGGAGCUACAGGAGAGAGGGCUGGGGUGUGAGGUCAAGGGAGAGAUGGGGCAGCCUCCCCCCGCCCUCCUCCUCCUCUACGUGUCAGACGCCCAGGCAGUCGCUGUUCAAGAAGACCUGAGGGAGCUGUCAAUCAAACAGGCCUUAGAACCACCCACUGGCCAGGCCAGUCCCUUCCUCCUGCUGACUCUGCAUGCCCCUCUGGAGGGGGUGGAAGGCGCUCUACUUCGCUCCAUCCUCGACAUCAUCUGUCUCAACAACGUCGACGCUGCAGGUCUCUGGGGGAACGCUCCCAUCAACGAGGACCUCCACAGUCCCCUCCUGUCAUUGGAUGACAGUCUGGCGCUGAUCGGUAGAACCGGACUAGACCACCAGCUGCUCUCCCUACUGGGACAGAACAAUGCCGAGCCUGUCACAGAACCCGACCAAGACAGAGACACACCUGGGCCAAAUCUGGACACUGUGGAGGGAGAGUCACAGACACCACCGGAGACAGAGGUACAGGCAGAGCAACAGACAGAGGAGGAGGAGCAGAGGGAAGCAGAGAGCGUACCCCUCGCUGAGGAGAGUCCAGUCCAGCCCAGACCCAUGUACACAGUGUGUCACAGCAGAACCAGAGGAUCCUACUCUGUGUUCCUGGGCCCGAAGCCAGGCUCCAACUGGACCCGAUACAAGCACCAGGGCCCCACACGCAGGUUGAUCCAGUUUCCUCCACCGCCUUCCAAAGGAGGGAUCGCCGUGACAACAGAAGAUCUGGAGUGCCUUGACAACGGCCAGUUUCUGAAUGAUGUCAUUAUCGACUUCUACCUCAAGUAUCUGCUUCUGGAGAGGGUUCCGCAGGAUGUGGCUGAUCGCGCUCACGUCUUCAGCAGCUUCUUCUACAAGCAGCUCACUCGCCGAGACAAUGCCAGUGAGGACAGUACCAGCGUCUCAGCACAGCGGAGGCGGCAUCAGCGGGUGAAGACAUGGACACGACAUGUGGACAUCUUCCAGAAAGACUUCCUGUUUGUGCCUGUCAAUCAGGAAGCCCACUGGUACCUGGUGGUGAUCUGCUUCCCUGGCCUGGAGGAGCCUCAGUGUGAGGGGGGGAGCAGCCCAGCCUCGCUGAGGGGAACAGGGGGAGAGAAGCCAGACGAGGCCCAGGCUGAAGAGGAGGCCUCUGGGUCCAAAAAGCUAAAUGGCAUCAGUGAAGUCACCCCUGAAUCAAUUAGCACUGACAACCAGGACAAACUGACAGUUACAGUUUCAAAUGUUGUGGUACAGAGUGAAUCAGUACUCCAGCCACCUCCUGGUCCUCUGGACUGCACUGAGAAGACCUGUCACAGAGAGACCAUCUGUAAACGACCCUGUAUUCUCAUCAUGAACUCCCUCAAGUUUUCCCUCCAUGAGCGCGUCUUCAAACUCUUACGGGAGUACCUGCAGUCGGAGUGGGAGCUGCGUCGGGGCUCUGUGCGCGAGUUCAGUUCUGAGCAGAUGCGAGGCUCCCACUGUAAGGUCCCCCUACAGGACAACAGCAGCGACUGCGGACUCUACCUGCUGCAGUACGUGGAGAGCUUCCUGCAGGACCCUGUGGUGCACUUUGAACUCCCCCUGUGCCUAGAACGCUGGUUCCCACGGCAACAGGUGAGGAGGAAACGAGACGAGAUCAGGGACCUGGUGCUACACCUGUACAGACACCAGAGGGGCACGGUGGGUAGUAUAGGAAAUAUGGGAAAUGUAGUCAGCUAGGGCAUGGUGGGUAAUAUUAUGGCUGUGACCAUAUCAGUAUCGCAAUAUUUUUUCCAUGGCAAAAAUGAAAACACGAAGCAGACCAAACACUUUGGUCCUUUAAAAGCCUGCUGUAUGUAAAAUAUUGUGUGCUAUAGCUUGGAAAAUAAAUAAAUGUGACUCUGGGUGACAACAUGAGGAUGUUUGUUUCCAACAUUAGGACUGUUUUCCUGAAGAAGUUAAAUCUGCUUUGUGUUUUGUUUCUUUGACAUGAUACUAACGAGUGUCGCGGUACUGAUAUUAUCUUGGCCCUAGGUAGUAUAGGAAACGUGGGAAAUGUAGUCGGGCACAAGUGGGUAGUAUAGGAACCAUGGGAAAUGUAGUCGGGCACAAGUGGGUAGUAUAGGAACCAUGGGAAAUGUAGUCGGGCACAAGUGGGUAGUAUAGGAACCAUGGGAAAUGUAGUCAGGCACAAGUGGGUAGUAUAGGAACCAUGGGAAAUGUAGUCGGGCACAAGUGGGUAGUAUAGGAACCAUGGGAAAUGUAGUCGGGCACAAGUGGGUAGUAUAGGAACCAUGGGAAAUGUAGUCGGGCACAAGUGGGUAGUAUAGGAACCAUGGGAAAUGUAGUCGGGCACAAGUGGGUAGUAUAGGAACCAUGGGAAAUGUAGUCAGGCACAAGUGGGUAGUAUAGGAAACGUGGGAAAUGUAGUCGGGCACGGUAUGCACCUUGGCUGCAUUCCAAACACUUAACAGACACCCCCUCAGCCCUCAAAUUAAGUGGACACUUCUGAUGACGGGUCAUGACGUCUGGCAGGGCAAGGGAGGAAGGAAUGAAUUUUAAAUGGAGCGCCCUUGCCCGGAGGUUGGUCACUCGUUUGUCCCACAACAAUUGUGUUUUCAGCCACCAGUGGCUUGUGGGUGCUUUAUAUGAGCUACAGUCAAUUCUGAUUUUAUGUCGUCUUAUAUUAACUAUGUAAUUAUUAAUAUAUGUCUACUGUAUGAUAGCUAGCAAUCUAAUUAGCUAACUAAGGUUAGCCUGCCAAGCUGGAACUUCUGAACUUUUUAUUUCUACAAUUUCCAAAAACGAACCAAACAAAAACAUCAUUACUUUUAUGAGAUGUGUUUCUAACUUAUUUACAUUCAUUUUUACUCACACUUGUAUGUUGACUUCUCCAUAUUGACGUUGAGGUUUUAAGUUUUGGCUGAGUUUUCUUAGCGGAAGUGCAAUAAUCGCAAAUUGAAUUAUGGGGCAUUACAGGCCCGAAGUGAACAUAAUUGUACUUGCAAACUCAAUUAAAAACAAGGGCUGAUGGGGCUUACGUUUUGAACUUCCCUUGUUUGGCUAAUCGUUUGGAGCGAAGGCCAAGAUGGUGACGGGGAUUCCCCCGAGGGCAUAAGACAAGAGUAAGUGGAGGAAGGUGUUUCUUUUGUGAGUUUGAAACGCAGCCCUUGAGAUUCUGCUCAUGCUGAGCAACCAGUACAUUUACAUUUCAGCCUGAUAUAUUCAAAUAUUAUUUAAGCUUUUGUAGUUGUAGCACUGGCCAGCUGGCCACCAUUCAAAGUACAUGCAGAUGUCUCAUGUCAACCUGUAAAUUGUCACUAACGUCAAAGGCUGUUGCAUUAAUGAUUUAAAUCUCUCCGGGGAUGAAUAUGAAGGACUUCCUGCAGCAGCUCUAGAGUGUGUCUUUCGGUGCUUGUUUUAAGCAGAGGCAUUAAAAGGGCCUUCCACUGAAAUUCAACAGUUUAAACAGGUUCUUCUUGACUUUUUCAGUGUAACAUCUCUUUAGAAAGUCUGUCCCCUCUGCACCUUAUAGAUGGGCCCUACAUCCCACCACUAUAGCCUCGUUUAAGAUCAGACUGAACAGUCUCGCAUUUAUUAUUUCACCUGUUUUACUAUUUAUUUGUUCCCUAGGUGAUUUUAUUGUAACUUAUGUCAGUUAGAUUUUUACAUGUGGAUUUUGUUUCUAAAAUGUACAUAUUGAUGAAUGUGUUUUGAGUAUAAAAUGUAAUAAAUACAUUUGUAGUCUGAAUUACA